AGCUGGAGAAGAUGAACUGAACAAAAAAAGCGCUUCAAUGGGUUUCUGGCCCAGCUCCUACUUAAAGGGAAAGGUGGUGGGAGAGGAAAGGCAGGCAGGCAGCGGGCGGCAGAGGCAGCAGCAGCCACGCCAACCAGAACCAGCACCUUUGGACGAUCUGCUUGUCCACGUGACUAUUCUCUUCGCUCCUCGCCUCCUCCCUGCCCCGGGCUGUCGCGCGCACAGGCCAGGGCGUCUCAAGCUCCUGCACGCGCUUGGUUUACCAGUCCUGGGGAAAAGGGAGCGAGCGAACCAGAGAGCGAGAGAACGAAGGAACAGAGAGAGCGAGCUGCUGAAGCUGUUCCUGCAAAGCCAGUCGAAGAGGGUGGCUAGGAGGGAGGGGCACUAGAAGAGGAGGUCGCAGCAUCAGGAGCAGCGCGGUUCUGCAUUUUCUGUGUGAUGAAGGUUCAUUGCAUUGCUCCUGGGUUUGCUGCUAGCUGACACUCAACUGCACCCAGUGCGCACCAGAGAGGAGACGCCGUGGUGCCGUGACCUUGGCCGAGGAGUUGCAAGUUGAUAAUUCCAUUAUUUAAGAGUCUAUCUGAUUUGGGGUGACAUGGCACAGGGAAACAAUUAUGGACAGAGCAGCAAUGGGGUGGCUGAUGAAUCACCCAACAUGCUUGUAUACAGAAAGAUGGAAGAUGUUAUAGCACGCAUGCAAGAUGAAAAAAAUGGAAUUCCUAUUCGGACUGUCAAAAGCUUUCUUUCCAAGAUACCCAGUGUCUUCUCUGGGUCAGACAUUGUACAAUGGUUAACAAAGAACUUAACUAUAGAAGAUCCAGUGGAGGCUCUCCAUUUGGGGACAUUAAUGGCUGCCCAUGGAUAUUUCUUUCCAAUCUCAGAUCAUGUUCUCACAUUAAAGGAUGAUGGCACAUUUUACCGAUUUCAAACACCCUAUUUUUGGCCAUCAAAUUGUUGGGAACCGGAAAAUACAGACUAUGCUGUUUACCUCUGCAAGAGAACAAUGCAAAACAAAGCCCGACUGGAGCUUGCAGACUAUGAAGCUGAGAGCUUGGCUAGACUUCAACGAGCAUUUGCCCGGAAAUGGGAAUUUAUUUUUAUGCAAGCAGAAGCUCAAGCAAAAGUUGACAAGAAAAGAGACAAGAUAGAAAGGAAGAUUCUCGAUAGCCAAGAAAGAGCAUUCUGGGAUGUACACAGACCAGUGCCUGGUUGUGUAAACACCACCGAAGUGGAUAUUAAAAAAUCGUCCAGAAUGAGGAAUCCUCAUAAAACUCGGAAGUCAGUCUAUGGAUUACAAAAUGAUAUUCGAAGCCACAGCCCAACCCACACACCCAUUCCAGAAACUAAGCCUCCAACAGAAGAUGAAUUACAUCAACAGAUAAAAUAUUGGCAAAUACAGUUGGACAGACAUCGGUUAAAAAUGUCUAAAGUUGCUGAUAGUCUACUAAGCUACACAGAGCAGUAUGUUGAAUAUGACCCCUUUCUUGUGCCACCUGACCCUUCUAAUCCAUGGAUGUCAGAUGAUACUACUUUCUGGGAACUCGAAGCAAGCAAAGAACCUGGACAGCAGAGAGUUAAACGAUGGGGUUUUGGCAUGGAUGAAGCGUUGAAAGAUCCAGUUGGGAGAGAACAGUUCCUCAAAUUUCUGGAAUCAGAAUUCAGUUCAGAAAAUUUGAGGUUCUGGCUGGCAGUGGAAGACUUGAAGAAGAGAACUAUUCGGGAAGUCCCCACCCGAGUCCAGGAAAUAUGGCAGGAAUUUCUGGCUCCAGGUGCACCCAGUGCCAUUAAUUUGGAUUCCAAAAGCUAUGACAAAACAACACAAAAUGUGAAGGAGCCAGGACGGUACACAUUUGAAGAUGCUCAGGAGCACAUUUACAAACUGAUGAAAAGUGAUUCAUACCCACGUUUCAUACGAUCCAGUGCCUACCAGGAGCUGCUACAGGCAAAGAAAAAGGGGAAAUCGCUCACAUCAAAGAGGUUAACCAGUCUAGUUCAGUCCUAUUAAAAGGAUCUACUUGUAGCAUGGACCCAGCCUCGAAUCAUUAUACACACUUUGUAGCUCACUAAUUCCCUGGAUCAGAGGACAUUAGACCAAGAUGUUGCAUGAGCAAAGGACUGGAUUUGUUCACUUUUGUGUACAUGAAAGCAUUGCAGACUCCGAGGGACUAUUCCUUCUCACCGCUGCUUCCAUUUCAAACCUUGUCUGUUCACUUCCUCCUUCAUAUCAAGCUGGAUCUGUUUAUUACUUUUCUGCAAGUUCAAGUACAGUGAAAACGUUUUUUGAAAGCUUCACCUAGACACAGUUUAUUUUAAAGAACACAGUAAAUCACAAACCAGAAGAAUUGUAAAAAAUAUAUAUUACUAAAUAUGCAUAUGGCAUCACAUUUAUUGAACAAUAAGUUAGCACAGAAGGUUUCAUUUCACUUAUGUAUUCACAGUCAGAAAAAAGCCUGCGUCUUUGUCUGUUGUCUGUACAUUCUCUGUUGAUGUUUCUUGCAUUUAUUUUUAUACCAUAUUUAAAAAAGAAAUACCUUUUACUCCAAAUGUAUUAAAGUUGGUCCCUUCUCUGUAAAUUUGUGUACGUUUAUAUUGUUGUUUUAUCUUUCAUUAAAAGAUGCAGAAUCUC